AUGACCGCUCGCUCCGCCCUAGUCCUUCUCACCAUAGUCGUGCCGGCGUACGUCUCAGCGUUGCAGGUCACGCCGAAUUCGCCGUGUGCCUCUUUCUGCCUCGACUCCAACGGCCUCGACAUCUCGGAUCCCAACUCGUCCAACACCAAGGGCAAGGACAUCACGUGUACAGAUGGCGAAUAUCAGACUGGGGCUGCGGGCCAGAAGUUCCAGCAAUGCAUGAGCUGUCUCCAGGACAGCUCGCUUGUCCAGGGGACCGAGAACGACCAAGAUUGGUUUCUGUACAACAUGAGGUACUCCUUUGACUACUGCAUCUUUGGGUAUCCCAAUGCCACCGGCGUCGGCUCCAGCCCUUGCACGACGUCCACCGCAUGCGGAGCUUUGGAGAAGGCUCUCACAGACGGCGAGCUGGACCCAGAAAAGUCAUCGCAGUACUCAUACUGUGACGCGGACGGCGGCGCCAUGCUCGGCUCGGCAUACGAUAAGUGCCUGUCCUGCGUCAGAGCGGGUGGUGAGCACUACUACCUCGCCAACUACCUCAUCGCACUCGAGGCGGGAUGUCGGCAAAGGCCGGACCCGGGAACGCUCGUUAGUCUCAACAGCACCGUCUUCACGAAAGGAACCAUCACGGCCGCUGACCCCAAGGACGCGGCAAAGCUCGCCAAGGAUGCAACGCCCGCCCUCCCCAUGACCGCCAUCGUCGGCAUCGUCAUUGGCGCCGUCGUCACCUUCCUCUUCGUGGCCGGCUGCACCUUCAUUCAAUGGCGCAAGCGCAAGGCGCGCAGAGAGGGCCGCGGCAUCAACCCGGACCUCUUCCGCCGCGCCAAGGGCCACCGCCCGGUCUCCUCGCUUUCCUUCCGGUGCCAGACCCACCUCACACCCAAGACGCCCAACUUCUUCUCCGUCGAGGAGGAGGACAUGCACGGCGAGAAGCUCCGGCACCAUCACGAAGCCCAGAACCAACAGCAGAAGCAGGACAUGGCUUCGAGCCCCGUCUCCAAGCCCAGCCUCUGGAUGCCGCACAACUCCAUCUCCUCCCUCCACGACGCAACCCCGGUCCCCUACACGGACCGCAAACCCACGCAGAAGGAAAUCCUUCCCCUCGCUAGCAUCACCACCAGCCUCCCUGCCAUCCCCGUCAAGGCUCAUUCCCCGCGCUUCAACUCGUCCUCUCCACAGGACGAUUACUACGCCACUCCGACGUCCACGACCUCGGCGGCGCCCCUGCUGCCCUUCAGGCAGUACGUCCCCUCAGAGCACGGCUCCCCGACGCCGCCCACUGGCCACGCCGCGGUCUUCAGCCCGGCGAGCACGUACGCCUCGCCGACCUCAGGGACCACCGCGAGCCCCCUGCUCAGCCAGGGCGGCUGGCCCGCGCCGACGACGACGCAUACCCGGCACGCCGCGCCAGCGGAGCCAUCAUUGUCGUUUUCGUUCUCGUCGCCGUCGCCGCCCGUUGGGGACGCAGCGCGGACGAUCCCCUCCAUCACGAGGGACCUCCCCCGCCCGCUGCCCAAGAGGAUCACCUCGCUGGGCGGCAGCCCAGUGGAGACGUCCACCAUACAGACAACCUUCCCGCCGCCCCCUCCCCCGCCCAAGAGGAGGUAG